AUGCCUCUGGUGCGCGAGGGGAUCCACUUACCUGCUCUUCUGAUACCUUUCAGGUGGUAUUAUAUUGAUUAUGAUUUGUGGUUGCGACGAUCCAUCACAUCCCUGGGGGGUACCUCAUGGCAUCAUGCUACCCUUUCCGCAUGGGAUAUUAUUGCGUUAUUCUCUAAUUCACCCUCGCUCGCUUACUUUUUGAUAAGUCCCAAGGGGAUCUGCUUUUCUCGCCUUUCGUCUUGUGCUACCGUCCAGUGGACUUGUACUUACUUUAACUGGAUAGUAGUAGAAGUACUAGUAUGA